AUGCACAACGGCCUCCGCCAACACUAUCAUGCCCAGUUGAUCGUGAUACUGGACGCGUCACAGUCACACAAUCCCGCGACCAUUAUCGCUCCAGAUACCUUUUUCGCGACGCAAAAGGAUGGCAGAUUGAAGAGUGUUUUGCUAGAUCAUCUCUAUGAAGAAUUCCCCAAAGUCCCUGUUCAACAGUUUCCUCGCCGGUUUUGGAAUGACGAAGCUGGACUGAACUUUAUAACUGAACUAAGCCUUCAGGACGACGAGAGAGCUGGUUUGCUCGUGACCGUCCACAGUCGUUAUUACGCACUCCAAGCUGUGGCAGCCCUCUUCAAAUACAUCGAAGCAACUUUUGACACCAUAUACCCACCACAUACACUCGUCAUCAAGUAUAGGGCACUGGAAGAGACAGCUCGGAAUCUCGAGCUCAUCGAGGGAGUCUCCGGCCUAAAGGUGUAUUCACUCUACGGGAUCUUGAAUGGAACAUUCACGCCACAGGGCGCACGGUUACUCCGCACGACUCUUCUGUCCCCUAUCAACUCCCAGACCGCCAUUGAUGCAAGGCUCGAUGCGGUCGCCGAACUGGUACGGUCCGAAGAGACGUACACAGCCAUUCGGGAUGCCCUCAGAGGGGUUCAGAAAGUCGACCUCGAUAAACUGGUUAUUCGGUUGGCGGCAGUGGACCGGCGAAGCCCUGCGAAUGGUUCUGUCAAAGUCGCUUUCGAAAGAAUGGGACAGUUACUUGAUUUGCAAAAGAUUAUCAAGAAUGUUCCUGCUAUUGGGAGGGCAGCCCGCUUGGCUAAUAGCCAGUUAUUGAAGGUUAUAGGAGAGCUUGUGUCAGAUCCGAGAAUUGGUGAAAUUGCAGAGACCAUCAACGACUAUUUCAACGACUAUUCCACGGGACCAAAGAAGGCCGACCGCAAUCCCUUGCUAGACGUAGCUCGAGCCUCCUACAAGGAAAAUAUUCACGACAUCUUUGACCUCGGCAAAACUACUCAGGAGAAAUAUGAAGUUCCGGUCGAACUGGUGUAUCUGCAAGAAGGCGGAGGUGGCUUCCACUUCUCCCUGCUUCGAAGUGUGACAGAAGAUGCAGAUUGGGAGUGGCCACAAGAGUGGAUUGAUAGGACAUUGAGAAGGAAAAAGUGGAUUUUUUCCAGUUUGGAUCUGAAAAAGCUGAAUGCUAGAAUGAGAGAAAUGUUGGAAGAAACACUCAUGAUCAGUGCCAGGUUGCACUCUUGGAUAUGCUCUGGUCAUUUGCUAAGCGCUCUAUCUGUGAGUAUCUCAACGUUAGUUCAACUUCAUACUCAAAUUCUUCGGCCUGAGUUCACUGGAACGCUUGCUAUCAAAUCUGGAAGACAUCCUGUUAUGGAGGGUGUCAGAGCAGCCGGUUCAUUCGUUUCGAAUGAUGUUUUUGCUAACGAAUCUGUCUGUUUUCAAAUCAUUCAAGGACCAAAGUAUGUCAUUCAUUGGGUAAAGCAGCACAGGGCUUCAAGUAAGAGACUCGACCCUGAGCCCCUCCCUUUCCUAAUCCUCUACAAUAGACUUUUCGAUUCUUUGCUCACAAGGUUGUCGAAUGAGGAUGAUUCGGAGAGAAGUUUGAGUACCUUUUCCAACGAGAUGGCGACGACCUCUAUGAUCCUUGGGCUCUCUACGAAGGACUCGCUGGUGUUGAUUGAUGAAUUAGGCAGGGGGACAUCUGCUCAAGAAGGAGUUGGUAUUGCACAUGCCAUUGCAGAAGAGCUUAUCGAACGCAAGGAUGCGGUUCAAGUACAAGUCAGUCUGCUUUUAUAUCAUCAUACAUUUCCUCAACGCCACUUAGGAUACGUGAUGGAACCCCAAAAGAAAACGUACACUAUGGUGAAUUUCUUGACGAACAGCGAGUGUAUCUUGGAUUUAGUUAGAUACUGUUUGGGUUCUUUAGGACUAGAACUGGCACGACUUGCCGACCUCCCGGAUGCGGUGACCACCGAGGCUAAACGAGUGGCAGCUAUUCUAGUAGCGCACGAACAACAAAGGAAGGAAUCGAGUCAGGGAUCCCAAAUUUCCAUUAGGAGGAAGGCGAUCCUAACGCUGGCGACUCAACUCAAACAGAUUCUAAGAGUUUCGACACUUCCUGACGAAGAACUCGCCAGGUAUCUCCUGAAGAUGCAGAAUGAUAUAGGAGCCAAAUUGGACAGCACUAUCAUCUCUUGUUCUGAAGGAAAUCCUCAAGAACUCUAA